CGAGCUUUCAGAAACAGAGUCUCCAGAUGAAAGCGUCGUGUGUACAAGUGUUGUAUGAAAGAAGAGAAAGAAUUCUUGUUUAGUCAACAGGUUUGCAUCCAACAAAGGUCACUCUAACGAAGCUGUUGGUAAAGUCUUGACAUAAAAUGACCGAAGUAUCUCAAAGAAAAAUACCUGGAGAUGGGCAAAACGAAUAUUUGUUUGAUCCUCGUUUACUGGAGAGGAUAGCGGACCGUAACAGGGAAGUUAAUGAUGGCAUAUGGAUCAGACCACUAUCGGUUGGGGAUUAUGAAAGGGGGUUCAUCCAGCUCUUGGGACAGUUGACUCAAGUCGGAGAUAUUACCAGAGAACAAUUCGUUGACCGAUUCAAAAAGAUGAAGACUUCUGGUGAUUACUAUGUUGUUGUUGUGGAAGAUAGAAAUACAGGAAAGGUUAUAGCCAGUGCUACACUUUUGACAGAACAAAAAUUCAUCCAUGAUUGUAGCCUGAGAGGAAGACUCGAGGAUGUUGUGGUGAACGAUCAUUACCGAGGUAAAUCACUAGGCCAGUUGAUUGUGAGGACGAUUAGUCUUCUUUCUCAACGACUACGGUGUUAUAAACUUUCUCUGGACUGCCGGGAUAAGCUAAUAGAUUUUUAUGUCAAAUUAGGAUUUUCCAAAGAGCCAAAUAACGGAAAUUCUCUUAAUGUACGAUUCGAAUAUGAAAAUCCUAUGAGUAACUUAUAAGAUCCGAUCUGUCCUAUUCUCGAUAAUUAUAAAGAAUGAUUAUGAAAAGGUCAGUGAUUUUGGUUCUGUAUACUAGAAAUGUUAAUUCUAACAACUUACAACGAAAUAAUGGCUCAAUUUUAUCUACGAAUCAAAUCCUACAAAAUCCUGAGCAUUGCAUUAACACAUCGAGUUACAAAAUUAAAUCUUUUUAACAAUUUUAAGAUUAUUUGUACGAAGCAAAUAGGCUUAUACCUCGCAUGUAAAGGUGAUCCAAUAAAUUACUUAAGAUACUAAUGUAGAUCAUGAAAUAAAUGAAAUGCACUAUUUUACACUCA